AGAAAAGUUGAUGGAACGUGUGUCGAUCAUAGGGCUAUUCCCCGCACUGGAAGAGGGAAGCAAAGCAAGCACAAGGCAUACAGACUUGAAAAGAGACAUGGAAAGUGGAGCAAACUCAGAUGCUCUCAGUACCACUGCCUCCUGGGGCCAAAUGGAGUCCUCUGAAUCCUCUGAUUAUUAUUAUGAUCUACAGAGUCACCUAUGUGAGAGCAAGACCACCUUUGCCAACUUCACUGCCGUCCUGUACUCUCUGGUAUUACUCCUUAGCCUGAUGGGUAACAGCCUGGUUUUCUGGGUCUUGGUGAAGUAUGAGAAUCUAGAGUCACUCACCAAUGUUUUCAUCCUCAACCUGUGUCUCUCAGACCUUAUUUUCUCCUGCCUGCUGCCUGUGUGGGUCUUAGCACAAUAUCAGGGCUGGUUGCUAGGUGAUUUCCUCUGCAAACUCCUCAACCUGGUCUUCUCCAUCAGCCUCUACAGCAGCAUCUUCUUUCUCACCAUUAUGACCAUCCACCGUUACCUGUCCGUAGUGAAUCCCGUCUCUACCCUGGGCAUCCAUACCCUCCGAUGUCGUGUGCUGGUGAUCACAUCUGUGUGGACAGCCAGCAUCCUGUCCUCUAUUCCCGAUGCUAUCUUCCACAAGGUGAAUGUCUCAGCAUGUGAUUAUUCUGAACUUCGUGGGUUCUUGGCCUCAGUCUACCAGCACAACAUCUUCUUUCUCCUCUCCAUGGGGAUCAUCCUGUUCUGUUAUAAACAGAUUCUCAGGACCUUGUUUCGUUCAAAGUCCAGACAGAGGCACCGGACAGUCAGGCUCAUCUUUACCAUCGUGGUGGCAUACUUCCUCAGCUGGGCUCCCUACAACCUCAUCCUCUUCCUAAAGACACUGCAGGAAACUGAAAUCAUCCAGAGGACUUGUGAGAUCAGGCAACGGCUAGACCUGGCUAUGAUCAUCUUCCGCAUGUUGGCUUUCUCUCACUGCUGCUUCAACCCAGUGCUUUAUGUCUUUGUUGGGGUCAAGUUCCGCAGACACCUAAAAAGUCUCCUCCAGCAGGUCUGCCAGAAGACAUUCGUCUCCGUCCCAUCCUCCUACUCCCCUGGCGUCUUUACAUAUGAGGGCCCCUCCUUCUACUGAGAGGAGAGGAUGGGUACACAGAGGUGACUAGGGAAGCUGGAGGAAGUCAAGGAGAAGUGGAUUGGGAAGGAGCGUGGCAGAAGACACAAUAGAGGAGAUGCCAGCAACGACUGCGGGAGCGUGGAGGAACCACAUGAUGGCUGUGGGAAGGUGGCUUCCACCUGGGCCCUCCAAAGCAAUACUCCCUGGACUCAGUUCAUCAUUCAUUCUCUCACUUAGACAUAGAUUGCUUAUCAGUGACUGGUCAGAAGAUCCUAAAUAGAAUGUUUUGCAAACAUCGGGAGGGCUCAAACUCUCAGCAUGUGCAAACUGUACAAUGAGGUUGCUGGCACAUAGGAUUACCUCGCCUGUUUUUUUGUUUUUUGUUUUCACUUUGGUGGUGUCUGGUUCUUUGAUUCCUUGCAGGUUCUGGAGAAAAUGUCUUCAGGAUAAGAAGACACUAAACUGAAAAUAAUUCUGUAUUCUGGCAAGAGCUGCUGACACACAAACUAGCUUUUAGAUAUUUGCCCCCUAAUUGAAUGCAAUAUGUGCUGCCAUCUGAAUCUAAGUAUUUAGACAAUGCAAAGACGAACAAGAUAUUGUUGCUAACUUCCAGGUGACACCAAUGCAUCCAUGAAGGUUCAGAUAAGCAUAGACCACUUAACAAAGGCACGCAGGUUGAAGAUUCCUCUGUUGUUUCAUCUCUUCCAGAUUGAGAGAAAGCUGACUUCCUGCCAUCUGGAUGAUAGUGUCAGCAUUUCCCUUUCUACCAUUCUCCAAAGCUGAGCCCUCCUCAAACACUGCAUUCCCUUUCCUGAAGCCCCCAGGGCCAGGUCCUUUGGAUUCUGCCUUUCCAAUAUCUCUCCAGCUUAUUCCCAGGAUCACAUGCCCACGACUCCAUCUCUACAAUGGCCUCUACUCCACAGUGUCUUCCUGUUGCUUCUUAUUUUUUUUCUCUCUUUCUCUGUUCCAUCUUCUUCCUCUGGAAAACUGCCUGCCUGGAUUUAUAGCUUGUCUGCCUAGAUCUUUUUUUUUUUUCUUUGAAGCUUUAAAUAAAAUUAUUCUCAAGCCUC